CUUUCGACCACCCACCCACUCUCGGAACCAUGGCUGCAGUGGCAGCAGCCUCGGCAGAACUGCUCAUCAUCGGCUGGUACAUCUUCCGAGUGCUGCUGCAGGUGUUCCUGGAAUGCUGCAUUUACUGGGUAGGAUUCGCUUUUCGAAAUCCUCCAGGGACACAGCUCAUUGCGAGAAGUGAGGUGUUCAGGUACUCCCUGCAGAAGCUGGUGCACACGGUGUCCCUGACGGGGCGGCAGGUGGUGGGGGAACGCAGGCAGCGAGCCCCCAACUGAGGCCCCAGCUCCCUGCCCUGGGCGGCCGAAUCAUCAAGUGUUCCUGUGCUUCUGGACCA